AUGCACGUUCUCAUUUUUGUGGAUGAUCUUCUGAUCUGCGGUAACAACAAUCAUAUGUUGCAGAAGUUUAAAGACUACCUAAGUCGAUGCUUCUCUAUGAAGGACUUGGGAAAACUCAAAUACUUUCUUGGACUUGAAGUCAGUCAAGGACGAGAAGGAUUCUUUGUCUCGCAACGUAAGUACACUCUCGACAUAGUCUCAGAAACAGGCAAUUUAGGCUGUAAGCCUGCCGCUACACCACUUGAACAAGGUCAUCAACUUGCUAAUCCAAAACUUGACAGUCCGGUGCUCGCAAAUCCAAGGCAGUAUCGUCGUCUGGUUGGUCGUCUCAUAUAUCUCUGUCACACAAGGCCUGAACUGAGCUAUGCUGUUCACAUCUUGACACAGUUCAUGCAAGUCCCAAAAGAAGCUCAUUGGGACGCCGCGCUUCGCGUGGUUAGGUACUUGAAGGGUUCCAUUGGCCAAGGUAUUUUGCUCAAGUCGGACCCUGAUCUCUCCCUCACUAUCUACUGCGAUGCUGACUGGUCGUCGUGUCCUGCGUCUCGUCGAUCCUUGAGCGCUUAUGUCGUCAUGCUUGGAGGUUCACCAAUUUCUUGGAAAACAAAGAAACAGGACACGGUCUCGCACUCUUCAGCUGAAGCAGAAUACAGAGCCAUGUCUGAUGCACUUAAACAAAUAAAAUGGCUGCGACGUCUUCUUGAAGGAUUGGGUAUCAAACAACCUGGACCAUCGCGUUUCUUUUGUGACAGCAAAGCCGCAAUCCACAUAGCUGCGAACCCGGUGUUUCAUGAGCGCACAAAGCAUGUGGAGAAUGACUGUCACACUGUGAGAGAUGCUGUCAAGGCCAAGACUAUUGAGACAAUUCAUGUCACGACACAUUCUCAGGUUGCAGGCAUUUUAACAAAGGCUCUUGGGCGCGCAAAAUUUGAAGUUAUCGUCCAAGUUGGGUUUGAGUGA